CCUUGACUCUGUUUUUUCUCUUUUGUUUUUUUAUAUAGUCGUCGGUGGUGCAGAAUGAUGCAAAGGGCUUUAAUAUUCUCUUGUUCAAACCCAAUCUAUUCUCAAUUUUCAACAACGACAGCUCCACCUGACUACGCUGUGUUCCCCAAACGAGACGGCGGUUGGAUCUCUCCUUCCUCUUCCCACCAAUUACCGGUAUAUCGUUUGCGAGAUUACAGGCGUACAUUCCCUCCUCUACUCAACUCCGCGAUUGACUCAGUUGCAAAUCAACCAAAAAUGGCAUCUCAAGAUGAACAAGACCCUCGGAUUUCCAAAAUUUCUUCAGCGAUUCGUGUCAUCCCAAACUUCCCCAAACCUGGGAUAAUGUUUCAGGACAUAACAACUUUGCUUCUUGAUACCAAGGCAUUUCGUGAUACUAUCGAUUUGUUUGUUGAGAGGUACAGAGGGAAAGAUAUCUCUGUUGUUGCAGGUAUAGAAGCAAGGGGAUUCAUUUUUGGCCCACCUAUUGCAUUGGCUAUUGGGGCGAAGUUUGUUCCUAUGAGGAAACCCAAUAAAUUGCCUGGGGAGGUUAUAUCAGAGGAGUAUUCUUUGGAGUAUGGAACAGAUAAAAUGGAGAUGCAUGUCGGUGCCGUCCAAGCAGGAGAACGUGCUUUGAUAAUAGAUGAUCUUAUUGCUACUGGUGGAACAUUGUGUGCCGCAAUCAGGCUACUUGAGCGUGUAGGAGUGCAUGUUGUGGAGUGUGCUUGUGUUAUUGAAUUACCCGAGUUGAAGGGCCGGGAACGGUUAGGAGACAAACCACUGUUUGUUCUUGUAAGCUCCACUUGAUCUCACGAAUUUUGUGGUGGAACCUUUGUUGAGUGUUGCAACAGAGCUUGAACUUUAGCCAAAAGCCUAAGAAAACUACUUUGUUGAAUAAGAGGGCUACAUUUGGUAAAUUAAGGUCACAUUAGAUUGAACUCAGAAGUAUGAUAACUUUGAUUUGGGAGUUAUUGUUCCCUGUUUCUCUAAAGAGCUAGUUUGGAGGACAGUUUUAUUUUACGGCUUGUAACAAUGGUUGAUUUGCCUUUUAUCGUUGUAUGAGUGGAGCCAGUGGCAUUCAUCGAUAUGACUCGUUGGUUUACACUACAAGACAUCAUGUUAUUAAUGACAUCGUCAUGUUU